AAACAGCAGAAUUCACCAGGUAAGUUUACCACCAUGAACAAAACUACGUUUAAAGCAUCUGACUUUGCGAGAAUUGAACGUGCAGAGUUGAAUCAAUCAACUUUGUUCAAUAUCAUGCGUAUAGAGAACAUAUCUAAGUCAAAGCUAAACCAAAUGGAGGACUGGCAACACUAUCACGACCCAAAUAGCGUGUCAGUGGAUAGGAUAAAGAAUUCCAAUAGAACAAUCAUUAGGGAAAUCAAAGACAGCAGUGAUGACAAUGGACCAAGAGACGCGAAUACAAAUGUCAACGUCACUUACAAGCUCUUGCUUCGUGAUUUCCACAACAACUACACUUUUGCAUAUGAACAAGAACCAUUGAACUUUCUUCGGUCACACCGAAGUAAUGCUACUCCAUUAGGGAUUGAUCUUGGUGGCAGAUUAUUAGUUAAACAAGGUGCUACAAUACUGAGAGGUGUUAUCUUUCUAGAUCACAAGAAUUGCGAUUAUCAAGGACUGCAUCCUGAAGAUGAACAGUUGACCAGAACUUUAAAUGAUGGGUUGGUUCAAAAGGAAAUAGAUAUAUUAAAGAGUGAAUUGGGGUUAUAAUAGUAUACACUCUAGAAACAAGCGAGCGGAAACAAAGUUUAGAGCUUCCACUCAGCCACUAGUUAUUCACCUAAUAAAGUAUCCCAUAACGCGCUUUCUUCAGGGAAGUCAUGAUGAAUUAAACUAACAAGAACAUAAUCAGUAUAGACUGAAUUCAAUAAUUGGAAAGAUUUCGAACUCAUCUUAUAACAUCUUGCCCAUUGCAACCACAAAGAGAAUGCUUCUUCAUUCCAGGCUCUAAAUGAUUCGUAAUCAAUAAUAGUGGGUUGAAUAACUUCCUUCAGUGGGAACACCCCCCAGGUAACAGCAUUCUUGGUGUAACGUGCAUCUGGUUCAUUUAAUAAACUAGAUUGGAUCUUGCCAUCUUUAUCUCCCGCAUAAAAGGUGAUGGUCUUUUUCUCAAUACUUGAUUGUAUUCUUGGUAGCAAUACAGAUUCCCAUUCCAGUUUAGGAAUAAAUAAUUCAACAAAUGCCUUUUGAUAUAUAAUACCAUUUCUUGGUCCCCACCCAAAAAUUCUGUCUGUAGAUUUACAUCCGUUAACUGCUGGUUGAGAAGCUAAUGAAAACCAUCCCUUUUUAUUCAAUUCAAAUAAUUCUUCUUGAAUCAAAGCGGUUUCGGGGGAUAACGGAGUAUCAGUCCAUGGUAAAACAUCUAUUUUUCCUGAUAAAUAGUCAGUAAAUACUUGGGUCAAAUCUUGCUUUGUUUCUGGCGUGCCCCAUUUCAAUGAUGCUUCUGCUGGAGUAUGAAUCUUCAAGUUUGGUCCGUAACCAUCAAUUUCACCAUAAGCUGGAGAAUUGGAAUCACCAAAUCUACCAUUAGGGAAAUCAUCCCAAGUAGCAUCCUUACCUAAUGCACCUUUACCAGUACUGAUGUCCACCACGACUUGUCUAUCUUUCAAGAGAGCUUUGCUGAUUAAUUCCUUGGUUGCAGGAGAAAUGGCGACUUCAUUGUCGUUUAUUAAGGAAGACUUCCUUCUAUUGAUUCCAUUCUUAGUAGAACUCGCCGGUAUCGCUUGCUCUUCAUCCUCCGACUCGGAAGCAAUUGCAUCGUCGUGUUCAGCUGAUACUUGAGGCAUAUCCAAAAUUGGUUUCAAUACUUCAGAUUGGUCCACAAUCGAAGCCACGGCUUUUUCUAAAUUCAAACAAUAGAAAUGGUACCCUUUGAUUUUCGAGCCAAUUGUAGAGUCAAUCUUUUUAACUAUAUCACUCAAAAUUUCAACACCAAGAGUCUUGACUGCAUCGUCGUCAUUGCUCACUUUUUCAAGUUCAUCUAGUAUUUCCCUGGGAAUGGAGGCAUGAGAUAAUUUACUGGCUCUAGUAAAGACUCUGUAUGUGGUAAUUGGCAUCAAACCAGGAAUUAAAGGAAUAUCUUUCAAUUCUUCAUAUUCUUGUAACAAUUGUUCGUAAGAAAUAAACUUGUCAACAUCAAAGAAUAGUUGAGUGAUGAUAAAGUCUGCACCUGCCUUAACUUUUUCAACUAAAUAAGGCAUGUCCUUCUUAGGAUCUUGGCCAGAGGCGUCAGAUCCAUCAACAUGCCCUUCGGGGUAUCCCGCAACCCCAACACAGAAAUAAUCACCGUAUUGUUCUCUGAUAUACUUAACCAAGUCAACGGCGCCAUUGAAUUCACAAUUUGGGGUCCAGUAUUCUUGAGUUCUUGGAGGGUCACCUCUCAAUGCCAAUAUAUUUCUAAUUCCAUUACGUUUAGCCCUGGCUAAGGCAUCAUCAAUAAUUUCCUUGUUGGUAUUGGUACAAGUUAAAUGUAACACUGUGGUUAAUCCCAAGUCAUUUUGACAAGUUGCAGCCAAAUCCAAGGAUUUUUCACUGGUUGAACCACCAGCUCCCCAAGUGACUGUUAUAAAUAACGGAUUAAGAGCCAGCAUACGGUUCAAUCUGGCGAGUAAAUUCCUGAACCCAGAAUCGGUUUUAGGAGGGAAAAAUUCAAAGGAGAUAAAUUUUUCAUUAGGCUUUAACGACUGUAUCUUCUCUUUAACUGUGGUCAUAUUUGUAAUGAUUUUAAAUACGUGAUAAACAAUGUGGAGAAAGUGUCGGUUGUAAUGGUGAAUUUGUUCAACAAAGUUAGGAACGAUCGAUGAGUAACUUUUAGGUC